AUGGCAUCCGCACCUGUUCCGCAGCCGCAAGACGGCCCCCAGACAUAUGCAACUUGGCUCGACCUUCCACCUGAAUUGCGGUUCGAAAUUCUUAACUUGGUAUCCCAGGGCGAUGGAAAUGAUCGACUUGACUUUUACGGCGGCGAGAGGCCUGAUCGACUUGCCUCGUACGCCACAGUCUGCUCUGAAUGGCAAUCUUUUUUUGAGAAGAUGACUUUUCGUCAUCUUUUGGUCGACGACACCGCUCUACAAGACUUUGCACGCAUCAUGAGCGGAAAGAACGCCCACAGAACUACUUACGUUCGUCAUUUAUUGUUUCUCAUUGUGUUGCCAGGUUAUUCUUGCCCGUCAUGCCACAAACUCGAAAGUUGGUUUGACAUUUAUCGAAACAACAGAGUUUUCACUGCUGCAAUGGAGAUGCUACUUGGUAUACUCUCGACUUGGGUACCUAGAGGCCGCUCUGGUGGCUUAACACUAGAGCUAGCCAUUAAGUCUUCUAGUGACUCUAGACAUUACUACGAUGACAUCACCACGCAUCACGACUACCCUUUCCGAAGCUGGGACAAUCUCGAUGGAACAAUCGAAAUGACAAUAUUUCACAACCAAAAAAAAAGAUACAAUAGUAUUGAAACUCGUCCACUGCAUUAUCGAGCUACCAGAUUGACUUUAAGCAGACCGCAGGGUUUUCAUCCAGUCGGGAGAUACCUCGGGUCCCUCUUGCAAUUCCAAGGACUCAAGAACAGCCAUCUUCCAAGAGUAGAAAGUAUCAACUCUCUACUCAUAAGGCGUCAGUUCCAGCGACAGAUGAGUCCGUUAGCACUUACCAAACUUAUCCAUGAGAGCUUGGUACAUAUUAACUCCUUGAGGCUAGAGAGAUUCUGCAGGAGAACCAACGAAGAAGAAGAGAAAUAUCUCAAAGACUUUCGAGAACAUGUACUUUUAUCCUUGCCAGAAAGCCUUGAAAGUUUUCACUAUUUUGCAGAAAAUUUCAGAGGGUUCAUGAGGCCAACUCCCGUACAGACCAGGCCAUUAUCUGUCAUGGAUCUACUAUACAAUCAUGGGCACCGAUUCAAGGAAGUUUCUGUUGUAGAGCCCUUGGGCACAGAGACUCGGCUUACAGAAAUGCAAUGUCCUUCUGCCAAUGCUCUGACUACACCGCUAUUGCCGGCGCAAUGGCACAAGCUUGAGAGAGUCUGCUUUAGGUCGGAUAUACUGCGUCCUGAUAAUGACUUGGGCCUUAUUAACCGCCUGCUUCUACUCACAGCUCAAGUUGCCGAAAACCUGCCGAAUCUUGUCAGCUUAGAGAUAUUUAACACCAGUAUUUGCCGUCUCUACAAAUGCGAUGUACCCUCUUGCCUCUUCCGCUACAGCGUUGAGCAUUCAGACGCCAUGUUAUUCUGGGAAAGUUAUUGGCAGCUACCCCUGGAUACGAAAACCGCAGAGUUCAAAUUCUGUCCUGAAGUUAAGUGCGCGUGGGAAAAGGUUGCGGUCGCGCAUACCGGUCAUGGCAUCACUAUUCUCAUAAAUGAGCCAAAGAGCACAGCGACGCCGGACGAUAGUAUAUUCAGACAGCGCUAUUGGUGGAAGGGUAAGCCCCGGCUCGCAGAGGUCUUUAAGCUCGACGCUAUUCAUCCUUUUACAAGAACCCUGAUGAGUCUUGAGUGUCAGCGGAAGCUGUUGCAGCCUGAUGUGUGA